GGUUUGAAUCUAAGUGUUCUCUCUUUAAGUUCAAAUCUCCUAAAUGGAACACUGCCAUCUUGGUUGUUCAGUAUGCCAUCUUUGAAGACUUUGUAUCUUGAUCGUAAUCAGUUUGUUGGUGAGAUUGGUGAAUUCAAGUAUAAUUCGUUGAAGUAUCUUGAUUUGGGUUAUAAUAAGCUACAUGGCUCUAUACCUAGGUCAGUAUCUAGACUUGUGAACCUUACUAGCCUAUCUCUCUCAUCAAAUAACUUGAGUAUUAUUUUGGGGUCAGAAAUGUUUUCAAAGCUCAAAAAUCUCUUGAGACUUGAUUUUUCAAAUAACUUAGUUAGCAUCAACAAUAAUUUUGCCUAUGCCCUACCCAAUCUUGGGGAAUUGAACUUAUCUUCCUCCAACAUUAGUGAAUUCCCAAUUUUCUUAAGACUGACAACAAAUUUACAAUACUUAGACCUUUCCAAUAACAAAAUUUAUGGUCGAGUUCCAAAAUGGUUGGGGGAUGUGGGAAUGAAUUCAUUAUAUUAUGUUAAUCUUCGUGACAACUUGCUUCAAGGACCAUUUCCAACUCUAAAUUUUUCAAGUCUGCACUUUAUGUUUUUCUCCAAUAACAAAUUCACUGGAGAAAUCCCCUCUUUUAUUUGCAAUGCAAUUUCCCUUCAAGUUCUAGACUUGUCUCAUAACAACUUAAGCGGAAUGAUUCCGAAGUGUUUGGUAAACUCUACUGCCCUUUCGGUGUUGGAUUUGCGAAUGAAUAGCCUUCAUGGUUCCAUCCCUGCAAUAUUUUCCAAAGGAAAUAAUUUUAGGAAUAUUAACCUUAAUGGCAAUCAAUUGGAAGGGUCAUUGCCGCAAUCUUUGGUAAAUUGUAUAGACUUGGAAGUUCUAGAUCUUGGAAACAAUAAGAUAAGUGGAACCUUCCCUUAUUCGUUGGGAAGUCUUCAGAAAUUGCAAAUUCUUGUCAUAAGAUCAAACAAAUUUCAAGGUCGUAUAAGCAAUCCUAAAACCAAAUUUUCUUUCCCAAAUUUGAGAAUCAUAGACAUCUCUAACAAUCAGUUUAAUGGUCCUUUGCCAAUAAAAUAUUUCAAAUGUUUUAAAGCCAUGAUGUAUGUGAAUGAAAGUGUGGCUGCAUUGAAAUAUAUGGGAGAAAAUUAUUAUCAAGAUUCAUUGAAUAUCAUGAUCAAAGGGCAAUAUAUUGAGAUGGAGAGAGUCCUGAACAUCUUAACAAGCAUUGAUUUUUCAAACAAUAGUUUCACAGGAGAGAUGCCAAAGAUAAUUGGAAGGCUUAAAUCACUCAAGGGGCUCAACUUUUCUCACAAUAACCUUAUAGGUCAUAUUCCCCCAUCAAUUGGAAAUUUGACCAAUCUUGAAUCGUUAGACCUCUCUUUCAACAAGCUCGAUGGGGAGAUUCCUAGUCAAUUGGCAGAUCUAACCUGGCUUGAAGUCUUAAAGCUAUCACAUAACCAACUCACAGGACACAUACCUUCAGGAACUCAAUUCAAUACAUUCAACAAUGAUUCGUACACCGAAAAUUUGGGAUUGUGUGGGUUUCCAUUGUCAAGAACAUGCGAUAACCACGAGGCAAAGCAACCACCACCAUCGACCUUGCAACAAGAUGAAAAUUUAGAGCAUGAAAAUGGGUUUGGUUGGCAAGCUGUAGCCAUAGGUUACGCAUGUGGAACAAUAUUCGGAAUGUUAAUGGGAUAUCUUAUGUUUAAAAAUGGAAAACCAAAGUGCCUUGUGAGGAUGGUCAAAUUAGAGCAGCAUAUCAUGCUCAGAAGAUUGAAGAAGAAUGCCCACAAACAUGAUGGAAGAAGAUAACUGUUUCUAUGAUGUCAUGGAUAGUAUGCGGCAAAUGGGGCUUGAAUCCUUGUAUGCUAUUCAAGAAGACGUAAUAUGGAUAUGAUAAUGGCCGUUGUUUCUAGUCUUCUACAAAAUGGUGCAUUCUGGUGUCUUGAUGUAGUCACAACUGUUGAUUUGUUCACAAGGAUCAUCCCUUUGUUGUAUUUCUAUUUGCUAUGUAGGUUUAUUAUUUUUUUUUUUUAAAGGAUAGACAGACUUAGUCUAUUGGCUUGAGUUGAGGUGACACUGUUGUGCUUGUAUUUUUUGUGCUUACAAAGGGUUCCUCCAUCUGGUGUAGUUCCCUUUAGGGCUUUGUGUACUCUAGUUUGUAUUUAAUAAAAUUGAUUGAUUCAUCAAAAAAAAAUUGUUCA